UGACUUGUCUCGAGACCUAUAGCCUGGUUUUCCAUGAAGCGCCCCUUUCGCAACAGCAGUAAGCGGCACCGGCAAGUCCCCGGCCCGGCGUCUGUCACAUGGCUAAAUAUGGGUUUAGUUUGACCGGCGGUCACUGAGCCACAAGUAGUUUCAGGCUGAAAGUUAGCUCACUAUUACGAGAAAGAGGAACACAAAUCCCGGGACUUCGUUUGUCUAACCGUGUGACUGCUGCCCGCAGGGAAGUUUCGCUUCUCCGUUAAGUUUCCUCUCAUGUCUGUUCCUGAAACGGCGGCUUGUUUACGUGACUUAUUGUUCAACGGAAGCGGAGAGGAUACUCCUUUUAGUUUAGUUUCUUUGUACAGCUUACACUUCGGGGUUGUAGACAACUGCGCAACAAGUUUUUAACUCCCCGGUUGUUGUUGUUGUUGUGUGGUCCCGUGUGAACAGCUGACUCACCGACGGAAGGCCGGGCCGCACCGGUACAUUGCGAUGUUCAGUCCCGGAGCCGAGUAGAUCCUCCAUGGGUUGACCCUCCAUCUGAAGAUGAUCUGGUCACCGGACCUGCUGGCCUUCACAGGCACUGAGGGGUUCGGGGAGGGAGAGGAGGAGCAGGAGGGUCUCCCUGAACAGCUCUCUGUCCCCCUCUUACCUCCACCCAACCCCUGGACCUCCUCCGCCCAGUUCCACAGAGACUUCAUACUGGUGGCUGAAUUCUCAGAGCAGGUGGGACCCCAACCUGUGCUGACGAUACCAGACAACCCCAGAGUCGUCGGAUCGUUCGACCUCAACCACUUCUCUGUGCGCAUCAUGUCUGUGGACUACCAGGCGUCCGGCCCCGGCCACUCCCCUCCUGCGUCCCCCGGCCCCCGCCUCAACUUCAGCGAGGACUCCAAAGUGGUGCUGGGGGAUUCGGCGGACGACGCGUUUGCAUAUGUUCACCACAUGACCCUGUAUGACCUGGAGGCUCGGGGCAUGGUGCGUCCUUUCUGCAUGGCGUACGUGUGUUCGGACCAGAAGAAAUUGAUGGAGAACUUCUCCGAGCUGUCGACAAGCUUCUCUCAGGCCUCCGACAGCCUCAAGACGGGAAACAGACAAGCGUUUUCUAUGGAGCUGCAGAGAAAAUUACAAGAGCUCGAGUACACACGGUUGACUCUGCUGCAGGAGGCAGAACUUCCGAGGACGACAAAUGGUUUCACAGAGGAGGGAGAAAAGGCAGACGAGCUUGAAGCUAUAGAACUUACAAUCUUAAAUCAUAGAGACCUCCUGCGCCAAGUCACUUCCUACCCGAACAGGAAGCUGAAACAGCCUGACUUCCUGCCUUACGACCCAGCCGACUCCCUCACUGAUCCAACUGCGUUAAUACCUCCUGAGCCCGGUUCCUCCACCUCCACCUCUUGCAGGUCUGAGCGCCGUCUGAAGCCUCUGGAGGAGCUUUGCAAUGCCUACUUCCUGUCACUGAUGAAGGAGAAGCUCGCUGACACAGAGUGCCGCCUACGUGGCGACAGGAGUGUGCUGCGAACUGCUCUCGUCACACGCUCGUUGUCCAGGAGGCUCGCGCUCAUUAACUUCCUGUUUGAGCUGUGGAGCCCAGAGGAUGGCACUGAGGACGAGCGAGAGAGCGCUGAGGCAGAACUUCAGAGAGCGACGGGGAGUAAGAGCGGCGUCGAGAUGUUUCAAUCAGAACCAAUGAGCCUGGAGUCGUUCUGCUCCUGCGUGGAAGAGAUCUCCAUCAAACUGGAGGCAGGAGAAGCCGGGAGAAUGACCCCUGACCCCUAUGUUGCCACGGAGAUGACAGGAAGCGUGAGCAGCAGCGACAGCAUCGAAGUGCUCGGGACUGAGAAGUCUUAUCGCACCCAGCAUGUCGACACUGGAUCUGACAGCAGAGAAACACCAGUCAUGAUGACGGACACCUCUUACAGGCGGGCCGUGGUAGAUUCAAGCGCCAGGCGCGGGAGAGUGUACGCCAGACGAGCCAACAGUGAGGACAGCAUCGAGGUACUGAGCACCACCGAGUCCAUCUUUCCUGACGACCUCACCGCCAUCACGGAGGAAGAAUCGGAGCACCAACCUCUGAGUAACGGCUUUGAGAAUGAGGAGGACAUACUGGCAGAGUGUGACGCUGACGAUGUGCUCAUGGAGGAGAAGACAGUGAACGCAACUACUUCAGUAAAUAAGAAUGGAAACGAAGAACCCGUUAAGGAAUAUGACGGUCGUGUUGUCGGAGAAGAGGCCUUAAAGGAAAUAACUGUUAGUGGUGGGGUUCUAGUGAAGGAGGAGAAGGUCGUUGAAUGUUUGAAGAGCAAUCAAGUCCCUGAAGACAACAGUCCUGAGAAGACGUCCAAACUACUGCGAGUUGAAGAAGCAGUGGAGUCGACGCCUCAGUGGUCUAAAGUGCAGUCGGUGGCUGAACUUCAUGUCAAAUUCGCCCCACUAGUAGCCCCGGAUGAGGUUGACCGGUGCGCUCCGCCCUGCGCUCCUCUCAGGCUGCUGAGCGUCGACGAGGCGUCUGACUGCACCAGCGUCGCCGGCUCAUCAGACCUGCCCUCUCCCACCCAAAAUGUCCAAAGCAACACCCGCUCAGAUCAGAGGAGGAGAAGGAAGGCUGGACUGAGAGCCCUCAGGUUCCUCAAACAGAACUCGUUCUCCCAGCAUGCCGUGUUUUGUCUCCUGAGCGGCCAGCCGCUGGUCGUCAUCGGAGGAGACGAGAUUUUGGUCAGGAAAAUAGUGGACGCUCUGAGUCUCUUCCUGCCCGCUCCUGGUCCUGACGGGAACGCUGUGAUGCUGUGUUUGACUAUGCCUCUUCAACUGACCGACCUGCUCACCUGGAGACUGAUGGGAAUACACAGAUCUUCCUCCAGCUCUUCGGUCAGCAUUCUUCACUCUCUGACUCGCUACAGUCGUUAUUUGGCGCUGUUGGACCUGGACCAGAGGACGCUGCGCUGUCCGUCAUACUCCGGCUCUCUCAUCGGCAGACUGGCUGAUCCUCACUCCGGCAUCAGCCGAGGCAUCACCUACCUGCUGCACCUGGAGAGCUGCCUGACUGCACUGGCCAACCAGGCUCUUCUGUACACCUUUAUUCCUGCUUUACAGCGUCCAAGCAAUGCUGGAGGGAACAAUGGCACAGGAGAAGAAGACUUCCUGUUGACACGUGGGUUCUGCAGCAGUGAGUACGAUUUGAGAGUGAUACAUUACCUGUGUGACCUCAUCAAACAGCGCCACGCAGGACGUGGACCACCGGUUUUAAGAUUCUCUUACAACUCAAUGCACCUGCAUAGAAAUACAUAUGCAGCAUAAACACUGGAUGGACGAAAACAAUCCACAAGUCAUGAAAAUAUUCUAUAACAAUACCUACAACCAAGUGCACUGAUUUAUCUACAACUUGAGUUGUGUCAUCCGCCACUAAAGAAUCACGCUUCUGUUUUCAUCUGCAGUGUUGAAUGUUUGCAUGAUUUUUACUCCAUGAUGCUGUUGGUCACGUAUCUAUAGAUUACUGGACAUCAAUGCACUAGUGCCUGACUGGCACCAAGUUUUUUUUUUAUUGCAGUGUUUUUAAAAUGACAGCUUAUUACUGAAUCACAUAAGAACUCUUCACAAUUGAGCCGCAUGUUUGCACACGGUGUAAUUUAAAGGGAUAGUAAGGAUGUUUUUGAAGUGGGGUUGUGCGAGGUACUUAUAGUAUGUAUUAGCUACUGUAGAUGAAACAGACAGGAGUCACAAGCAAAGCUUUAACUGCUGUAGACGGGGGCACCAGCAAAACGUAUUCAAGUGUUACGCUAAACAUUUUGCUGCUGCCCGUCCACAGUAGUACAUUGCUUAAAUUCCAUGCUGGUCUGUAAGUGUGGGGGGGGCCGACCACCACUAUCUACUGUACAUAAUGCACCGAUUAUGGAUAAGUGCCUCAAAACGCCACUUAAAAACAAAAAACUAAGUUUAAACUCUGAACUGUAGCUAAUGACAGUGCGACAGCCUCCUUGUUUAACACUGUACUGUUCUUUAUUGAUGCAAAUAUGAGCCGAUAUUAGCGUGUAUGUAUUUACUCUGACAAUUAAAUCAUAAUCAUGGAUUCUAAAUUAAGCAAUAAAAUCAGCAUAAAAAAGGAUACAGUUGCAUUUUCUGUUUAUUUACCAACAUUACAUGAUUGCAUUUGUAACAAAAGUAGAUAUCAAUAAAAUGUAAGCAAAUCCCACAGUGCAGAAUUACAUUUUAGACCAUCCAACAUACUAAACUCAGAUCAAAGCAUUAAAGAAUUAUGCAACAUAAAGUGUCUUUAUAAUGUUAAUAAAUGCUGGUUAACACUGA